GCGCGCUGCGCGGGCAGAGUCUAGGCAGGGGGAUCCAACAACCAGCCCUGGAGAAAAAAUAACACACAGCAGCGAACGUCUGUUUCAAGAUUAUUUUAUUGCAGUGAGGUAGGCCAGGCCAGUGUGUGUAUCCAUGAAUGUACGUCACCAUGAUGAUGACCGACCAGCUGAUGGACUUAGCUCCGCCUCCGCUGCUGAACGGGGAGCUGCCGCUGAUGCAACACAUGGUUAAUGGAGACGCAGCGCAACAGGUGAUCCUGGUACAGGUGAAUCCAGGGGAGACCUUCACCAUCAGAGCGGAGGACGGCUCGCUGCAAUGCAUCCAGGGUCCUGCUGAGGUCCCAAUGAUGUCCCCCAAUGGAUCAAUCCCCCCCAUCCACGUCCCCCCAGGAUACAUCUCCCAGGUGUUAGAAGACAACACAGGAGUGCGUCGGGUGGUCGUCACCCCGCAGUCUCCUGAAUGUUAUCCCCCCUCGUACUCCCCCGCUCUCUCCCCCACGCACCACCUCCCGCCGUACCUCACCCCCCACUUUAUCCCCAACUCUCACUCCUUCUAUCCCCCUGUGAGUCCUGGAGACCUGCCCCCCCACCAGUACUACCAACACCACCUCCCGCCCAUAUAUGGAGAAGAGAUAAUCCCAGUGUAUGGCAUGUCCAGCUACGUUGGCAGAGAGGAGAGCUACAACAAGCCCCAGCCGAAGAAGAUGAAGGAGCAGAGACAGCUGGAGCGACAGAACAGACUCAACUCUCCUCCCUCCUCCCUGUACAAGUCUCUGGGCUCCAGCCACAAUGGAUACAGCGGGAAGAGCCACGUCCCUUCGCCAGGGUCGUUGGGGUCAAUGGGCGGAGCUAACAGUCCAGGAGGGAAGAAGCCGGAACGACGACAACUACGGAGCAGCCCAAGGAGCAACGAGCCAGACACACACACACAAUCACCGCAAGAUCACGACUCGGAGGCAAAGAGAGUUCAGGAAGUGCUCUCCGCCAUCGACAAACCACAGGUGUCCAACGUGCACGCGCGGGGUGUUAGGUUGUCCUGGGCUCCCCCGGUCGGGUUGGUGAACCGGUUCAGCAACAGUCAGUCUCUCACCUAUGAGGUCUCUCUGUCAGACAAGGGACGGGACGGCAAAUACAGACUUAUAUACAGUGGAGAGGAGUUGGAGUGUCAUCUAAAAGACCUGAGGCCAGCUUCAGACUACCACGUACGAGUCAGCGCGGUGUGUAACUCUAACUUGAGGGGUGUGUGUUCGGAGACGGGGUCGUUCACAACACACACCUGCCCCCCCGACCUGCCCUUCCCCCCCAAACUAUCUCACCGCACCAAGAGCACCCUCACACUGCAGUGGAAGCCUCCAGUCGACAACGGAUCCAAAAUCACAAACUACCUUCUGGAGUGGGACGAGGGAAAGAAGAACAGUGUAUUUAGAGAAUGUUACUUUGGGAGCCAGAGACACUGUAAACUGACCAGACUGUGUCCUGCUGUGGGCUACACCUUCAGAGUGGCUGCUCACAACGACAUAGGCACCAGUGGUUUCAGUACGGAGGUUGUGUUCUACACUACAGGUACGCUGCCCUCCUGCCCCCUGGCACCGCGGCUGCUGCGGGCGGGCGUCUCCUGGGUCACUCUGGAGUGGGGCCGUCCCGAGGGCAGCGCCAACGAGGAACUAAUCACAUACACACUCGAGAUCCAGGAGGAUAAUACCGGAACAGACUUUCAUCCGAAGUACACUGGAGACAACCUAACCUCCACAGUGCAAGGCCUGAAGAGGAGCACACAGUACAAAUUCAGGCUGAUAGCGUCUAACGUGGAGGGUGGCAGUAAACCCAGUGAAGUGUUGGUGUGUACUACCUGUCCUGAUAAACCUGGACCCCCUUCUCCCCCCCGAGUCACGACCACUACAUCUUAUGGCUUCACCAUCACCUGGGAUCCUCCCCAGGACAAUGGCGGUUCAGAAGUUCUGACGUAUUUGCUGGAGAUCUCAGAAGGCAGCUCUGACGCGGGCCAGUGGGAGGUGGCGUACAGCGGCCCCGCUACAGAGUGUGUGUGUGAAGAACUGACGCCCGGCACAGUUUACCGCCUGCGGGUGUGUAGCAUCAGCACCGGUGGACACAGCCAGUGUUCUUUCAGCGUUCCGGUUCGGACGUUGAGCGUCGUCCCCGGACCCUGCCAACCGCCCAGGAUCGUGGGUAAAGCCAAACACAAGGAAGUACAGUUAGAAUGGGACGGCCUGACAUCAGAAGGUGUGUGUGAGGAGUGUAUGUUCAGUUUGGAGAUGACAUCAUCAGAGGGCGACGCUGAGCCCAGUGAGGUGUACAAUGGGACAGAGCUGCAGUGCAGUGUGGGUAGCCUGCUGCCGGGGGCAACCUACAACUUCAGACUGAGGGUUGCCAACGAGGCUGGGUUUGGAGAGUACUCUGAGGCAGUGGAGGUGACGACAGCAGCGGGUCCUCCAGGCCAGUGUGUGGCGCCACUCAUCACUCUGAACAACACCACCUGUCUAACAGUCAGCUGGGAGAGUCCUGAAGGAUCAGGCUCUGACAUCUCAGAGUAUCGCCUGGACUGGUCCAGGGAGGAGGAGCCUAUGGAGCUGAUCUACUGUGGACCAGAGACCCAGUGUGAAGUAUCAGACCUGACCCCCGCAACACACUACUGCUGUAGACUACAGGCGGUGAACCAAGCUGGGGCGGGGCCUUACAGUGAACAGAUGACCUUCCAGACUCCAGCGACUAAUCCCGACGCAGUCUCUUCUUUCUUCCUGCUUGACCAGCUCCAAUCAGAUCAGUCCCCCUCCACCUGCCUCUUCCUGAAGUGGGAGGAGCCUAACUGUAAUGGGGCGGAUAUAACGUCUUACAUCAUCAGUCUGGACGAUCAACUCAUUACCGUGGAUACAGGAACCAGUCACCUGAUCACUGACCUUCAGCCAGACAGCCAGUACAGUGUGCAGAUCCAAGCGGUGAAUGUGAUUGGCUGUGGCCCGUUGAGCCCACCCCUGGUGGCUAGGACACGCCCCCUCCCUCCGGCCCCUCCUCCUUUGGAAUGUUCGGCUGCCGGCCCCCAGAGCCUGAAACUGAAGUGGGGGGAGAACGCUGCACACACACACACCCGCGCCCUGCUCUCCAAUGACAUGUUCUACACACUACAGAUGGAAGAUAAGAACCACAGGUUUGUGUGUAUGUACAGAGGUCCCAGUCAUACUUACAAGGUGCAGCGCCUGACAGAGUCCACCAGUUACCGGUUCAGGAUCCAGGCAUGUAGUGAAGCAGGGGAGGGACCCUUCUCAGACACACAUACCUUCUCUACAACCAAGACUGUACCCUCCGCACUCAAAGCUCCCAGAGUGCACCAGCUGGAAGGGAAUGUGUGUGAGGUCACCUGGGAGGCCAUUCCACCAAUGAGAGGCGACCGUGUCAACUACAUCCUUCAGGUGCUGGUUGGACGAGAGUCAGAGUACAAACAGGUGUUUAAGGGAGAAGAGAGUGCCUUCCAAAUCACCGGACUCCAAGGCAACACCGACUACCGUUUCCGUGUAUGCGCCUGCCGCCGUUGCCAGGACACCAACCAUGAACUCUGUGGCCCUCUUAGUCCCUCCUCCCUGUUCACCUUGCGUCGCCAGGAGCAACAGUGCCUGCGGGAGACCAGCGCCGUGGAGACGGUGAAAGGGGCGGGGAUAAUAUCCAGCGAUGAGCGCUUUGCGGCGGUCGUGGUGUGUGUGUUCGCCGGUGUCUCCAUCCUCAUGGCCUGUCUGCUACAAUACUUCUUCAUGAAGUGAGGGAAUGAAUCGGCAACAGGAUAGAAAAGAGAAAACAAAGCGAUAGCGAAAAAAAACGAGCAUCUGCGAAAGAAUGGAAAGAAAACAAACACUUAAGAAUCAAGUGCAGGAUAGAAUGAGGAAAAAAACAAGAGAGGAAACCGACUUCAAACGAAACAGAAUUUGAGCUGUACUUCAGUUAUUCUACCGUGCCGUUGUCCACAUAUCUCUUUCCUCUUCUCUCUCCUCUCUCUCUUUCCCUCUCUCGCUCGCUCUCUCUGUUUCUCUUGUCAUUGUUAGUUUGGUCUCUCUAUCUUAUGUAAUGGAUGUAUUUGGAGGGAAGCUGUUCGUGGCCAGAACAAACAAACUGAUAACCAAGCAUUAGCCAGCCAGGAGCCCAGUAAGCUCCUCAAUGACCCGCAUGACAUUAUUUUGUAUCUUUUUAAACCUAAUAGACAAAGUGUAUUUUUCUUUAUAUUUCUUUACAGUCAAUUCCUUACUUUACUGUGUCUGUGUCCUAUUUGCGCUGUUCGCUGCAGUCUUUCGUAGUUUUUUUCCGUUACGCCAUUUUGAAAUGUAGUUCUAAAGCUUUAGCCAUGUAGCCAUCAAUAUCUGGUACCUUGUCUAUUAUAGGCCAAAUCAUGCAAUCUUUACGCACAGAUGCACACACAGACACAUAGACACAGACACACAGAAACAUACACACACAGGCACACAUGCACAGCGAGACAAACACACACACACACACACACACAUGCACAGAGAGACAGAAACACUCACUCAGAUGCCUUCUCUUCUGUCUUCUUUAUUCAGCUACCAAAGCGAUGCCAUUGUUAAAAAAUGCUGCUAUCCUGUUUCGUUAUAUCUAAGAAAGAAUGGAUUUAGUUACCUAAUAUAUACAAUCUAUAUCAAAUAUAUCUAGGAUAGAUCUACCUAUCUAUAUCUGUAGGGGCGAUGCUAUGAUGUAAUAUAAGAAUUGUAGAGGUCUGGAUGACAGAGAGAAAGAGGAGGGAUCCAGGUAGGUGUUGCCUUGUUAACCACAGAUCUAGGACCAGCUUUCUCUCCCCUGAAGCUAACCUAAACCAUUAAGAGUGGGAAAUGCAAAGCUGACUUUAGAUCCGUUUAGGGCAAGGGUGUAAAACCAGGCUCCUGGAGGGCCACACACCUGGCCAUAUCUAGCCAAUCAGCAACACCAGUUGAUCAAUUUAGUUUGAGGUUGAUAAAAACAUGAUGACACUUUGACCUGUGAGAACUGGACCUGACACCCCUGGUCUAGAGAUAACCUGGUAUAUUCCACUGGGAGUGGUUUAGUGAAUUAUAAUAUGUAUUCUAGGUGCUCACCUGCAGAUCUGAGGUCAGUUCAGUAGCCAGUCCCCGCUGUCGAAUGUAGAGGUUACUGAAGUAACCUUUUAUCCGCCCCCCACCCCCACUCAACCCUCAUACCUAUUCAUACCCUUCUUUUUUCUCUGCCCCCUCUCUCUUUUUCUAUCCCUCCGCCAUUCUCAGUACGUCUCCCUCCCUCUCCCUUGUCUCUCUAAUUAAUGCUGUUAUCAUCCCACUCUCUCUCUCUAAGCUGUGUUUCACUCCUACUGUUAUCCCCCCACUCUCUCUCUCUCUCUCUCUCUCUCUCUAAACUGUGCUUCGCUCCUACUGUUAUCAUCCCACUCUCUCUCUCUCUCUCUAAGCUGUGCUUCGCUCCUACUGUUAUCAUCCCACUCUCUCUCUCUCUUUCUCUAAGCUGUGCUUCGCUCCUACUGUUAUCAUCCCACUCUCUCUCUCUCUCUCUCUCUCUCUCUCUCUCUCUCUCUAAGCUGUGCUUCGCUCCUACUGUUAUCAUCCCACUCUCCCUCUCUCUCUCUCUCUCUCUCUAAGCUGUGCUUCGCUCCUACUGUUAUCAUCCCACUCUCUCUCUCUCUCUCUAAGCUGUGUUUCACUCCUACUGUUAUCAUCCCACUCUCUCUCUCUCUCUCUAAGCUGUGCUUCGCUCCUACUGUUAUCAUCCCACUCUCUCUCUCUCUCUCUAAGCUGUGCUUCGCUCCUACUGUUAUCAUCCCACUCUCUCUCUCUCUAAGCCGUGCUUCACUCCUACUGUUAUCAUCCCACUCUCUCUCUCUCUAAGCUGGGCUUCGCUCCUACUGUUAUCAUCCCACUCUCUCUCUCUCUCUCUCUCUCUAAGCUGUGCUUCGCUCCUACUGUUAUCAUCCCCCUCUCUCUUUCUCUUUCUCUCUCUCUCUCUCUCUCUAAGCUGUGCGUCGCUCCUACUGUUAUCAUCCCUCUCUCGCUCUCUAAGCUGGGCUUCGCUCCUACUGUUAUCAUCCCACUCUCUCUCUCUAAACUGUGCUUCGCUCCUACUGUUAUCAUCCCACUCUCUCUCUCUCUCUCUAAACUGUGCUUCACUCCUACUGUUAUCAUCCCACUCUCUCUCUCUCUAAGCUGGGCUUCGCUCCUACUGUUAUCAUCCCACUCUCUCUCUCUCUCUCUCUAAGCUGUGCUUCGCUCCUACUGUUAUCAUCCCACUCUCUCUCUCUCUUUCUCUAAGCUGUGCUUCGCUCCUACUGUUAUCAUCCCACUCUCUCUCUCUCUCUCUAAGCUGUGCUUCGCUCCUACUGUUAUCAUCCCACUCUCUCUCUCUCUUUCUCUAAGCUGUGCUUCGCUCCUACUGUUAUCAUCCCACUCUCUCUCUCUAAGCUGUGCUUCGCUCCUACUGUUAUCAUCCCACUCUCUCUCUCUCUCUCUAAGCUGUGCUUCACUCCUACUGUUAUCAUCCCACUCUCUCUCUCUAAGCUGUGCUUCACUCCUACUGUUAUCAUCCCACUCUCUCUUUCUCUAAGCCGUGCUUCACUCCUACUGUUAUCAUCCCACUCUCUCUCUCUCUAAGCUGUGCUUCGCUCCUACUGUUAUCAUCCCACUCUCUCUCUCUCUCUCUCUAAGCUGUGCUUCGCUCCUACUGUUAUCAUCCCACUCUCUCUCUCUCUCUCUCUAAGCUGUGCUUCACUCCUACUGUUAUCAUCCCACUCUCUCUCUCUAAGCUGUGCUUCGCUCCUACUGUUAUCAUCCCACUCUCUCUUUCUCUAAGCUGUGCUUCGCUCCUACUGUUAUCAUCCCACUCUCUCUCUCUCUCUCUCUCUCUAAGCCGUGCUUCACUCCUACUGUUAUCAUCCCACUCUCUCUCUCUCUAAGCUGUGCUUCGCUCCUACUGUUAUCAUCCCUCUCUCUCUCUCUAAGCUGGCUGUGCUUCGCUCCUACUGUUAUCAUCCCACUCUCUCUUUCUCUAAGCUGUGCUUCGCUCCUACUGUUAUCAUCCCACUCUCUCUCUCUCUAAGCGGUGCUUCGCUCCUACUGUUAUCAUCCCUCUCUCUCUCUCUCUCUCUCUCUCUCUCUCUCUCUCUCUCUAAGCUGUGCUUCGCUCCUACUGUUAUCAUCCCACUCUCUCUCUCUCUAAGCUGUGCUUCGCUCCUACUGUUAUCAUCCCACUCUCUCUCUAAGCUGUGCUUCGCUCCUACUGUUAUCAUCCCUCUCUCUCUCUCUCUAAGCUGUGCUUCGCUCCUACUGUUAUCAUCCCACUCUCUCUUUCUCUAAGCUGUGCUUCGCUCCUACUGUUAUCAUCCCACUCUCUCUCUCUCUCUCUAAGCUGUGCUUCACUCCUACUGUUAUCAUCCCACUCUCUCUCUCUCUCUCUAAGCUGUGCUUCGCUCCUACUGUUAUCAUCCCACUCUCUCUCUCUCUAAGCGGUGCUUCGCUCCUACUGUUAUCAUCCCACUCUCUCUCUCUCUCUCUCUCUCUUUCUCUAAGCUGUGCUUCGCUCCUACUGUUAUCAUCCCUCUCUCUCUCUCUCUCUCUCUCUCUCUCUCUCUCUCUCUCUAAGCUGUGCUUCGCUCCUACUGUCAUCAUCCCACUCUCUCUCUCUCUCUCUCUCUCUCUAAGCUGUGCUUCACUCCUACUGUUAUCAUCCCACUCUCUCUCUCUCUCUCUCUCUCUCUAAGCGGUGCUUCGCUCCUACUCGUCAGGUAGCAGAGCCUUUAACUGCUCCAACACCUUUGCCAAAGUCGAUGGGAAAGUUACGCUACAAUUUCUCUAUUGGUUCUAUACCUUUAUUUAUAUACAAUAGAAUAUUUGCAUACAGUACUUUACAAGCCAAUUACAGUGCAAUCUUUUCAGUUAUUUAUUGUUUAAAAAAUUAAAAUUAAGAGACAAAUGUAAGUGUAGUUAUAAAUGUACUAAUUUGUUUUUUCUCUCGUAGCAUGUUAUAUUGUUAUUAUGAUUAUUUUUCAGUUUUUAUUGGAUGUUAUUUUAGAUGUUUGAUUUAAGGCCAGCAUUUCGUACUCUCAGUAGCCAAUUACAUAUCUCAUUUAUUCUCUUACAGUUGUUGGGAAAACCUGUAGUUGUUUCAUUAUUCUGUAUGUCUGUAUCAGUGCCGUUUUAACAUGUUAACCAAAUGUCUGCCUUUGUCAUCUCCUCUCUGACACACAGAACUGGCUCUUAUCCAUAGCCACGUGACCGUCACGUCAUAACACCAAUAAUGGUUGCUUUAGAAUUGUUAUGUCAUGAUUUCACGGUUAUGACCAGCCUGUGUGGUUUUCUGUAUGCAUUAAGAGAUGUAGCAAACCGUUAGCCAGGUUAUAUUGGUAAAGAUUUUAGACAGCUGGAGCGAACACACAGAGUGUCUUCAGAAACGUUACCUUUUCUGAUAUUAAGGUUAUGUUGGCGUCUGUAUUGGGAGUUAAGCACAGGCAUGACGUAACGUACAACUCUGAGGGAGCACUGGUGGUUAAAUAAUGUACACUCUUAGAAAAAAAGGGUUCCAAACGGGUUCUUCGGCUGUCCCCAUAGGAGAACUCUUUUGGGUUCCACGUAGAACCCUCCAAUGGGGGACAGUCGAAGGAACCCUUAUAUGCUCUAGGUAGCAGCUUUUUUCCCGGAGAGUUUAUGAAGGUACACUGAAGGUUAAAUAAGGUAUGAAGGUACUCUUUACAGUUACUGUAACCAGUGCUUGAAGAGGACGGCAGAGGGUGGCGGGACUGACUUUAAUUCUACCGUUUGAGCCGGGAUCCUGUAAGAGUUUCCAUUAUUCAGACAGGAUGACGAGACUUGAAGACUCAGGUUAGGUCCGCAUGGCUAAUGCCCUAGGCUUUAGUUCCAGGGGCUAACACAGUCUUGGGACGAUGUACAGUGCCUCCUCAGUGGGAAGGUGUGUGGUGUCUCGGGGAGUCAGAACAAUAGUUGCCUUAAUUUGUCGUUUAUACUGCCUAAUGUUAUAGAUUAAGACGUGUUUGAUAUCAUAUCUGUUUGGUUUCUUUCUGCCAAAGUCGAGGCUUGUGUCAUACCAUUUUACUUUGUGUGUGUGUGUGUGUGACACACACACACGUUCCUUUCAAUGUUAUCUACGUUCUCAAGGGUUCCUUGAUGUUCCCUCUGUGACCACACAGCAUUAUUAUUCCUGUCACAUUGUUAUCCUCUGAAAAAGGAAAGACAUAACUUGAUCUGUGAUUUACGCUUCGUUCAUAUUUUUGUUUUUAUGUUUAUUUUUUUUUGUGAAGCUAAAUGUAUUAAAUGUUCUGUUAAAUAUACUACCCCUUUAUUGAGUUUUAACACGCUGAUUUCACACUGAAAAGGGUCAAAAAGACUACAACAAUCAAAUCGGGAUGUCAGUCAGACCGAUGAGGAUGAUGAGGAAUACUUUUCCCAGCUUGUCGUCGUAUAAAGAGCCUUGGUGAUUAUUUUCUGUCCAGUGUUUUUGCUUAGAAUUGAUAGUCAGUGCAGAGUUAUUAUACGUAUAAGAGAUGUAGUAUUGACGCUAAAAUGAGGCAAGUACAACUAACAGAUUAUAUGGAGCACUUUUAAAGCGGUAGACCCUUAGCCCACAGGGUAAGUGUCUGUCCUGCGAGAUCCGUGAUGCUUUUCAUCAGACAGCUUCUUGUUUUGAUACCAGACACACAGCUGCCCGCCGGGCACUCUGUUACAUUGGCAUUACUAUGUCGUCUGGAGUUUGGACCACGUCAUUGUUGUGACUGAGUCGUCUGGCACUGUUGGGUCAUUUGGUGUUGCUGUGUCAUACAGCGUUACUCUGUCAACUGACGUGACUUUGUCAUGUUGUGUCCAUCUUUCCUGUUUACCUGUCUCAGUUAGAAAGAAGACUGUUGAUAUGUCCUGUUGUGUUAACUCUCCCCCAAGCCUUUUACAGCCAAAUCAUUCCUAAUGUUGUGUUAAAUCUCCUCCAAGCCUUUUACAGCCAAAUCAUUCCUAAUGUUGUGUUAAAUCUCCUCCAAGCCUUUUACAGCCAAAUCAUUCCUAAUGUUGUGUUAAAUCUCCCCCAAGCCUUUUACAGCCAAAUCAUUCCUAAUGUUGUGUUAAAUCUCCCCCAAGCCUUUUACAGCCAAAUCAUUCCUAAUGUUGUGUUAAAUCUCCUCCAAGCCUUUUACAGCCAAAUCAUUCCGGAAGUUGUAUUAAAUCUCCCCCAAGCCUUUUACAGCCAAAUCAUUCCGGAAGUUGUAUUAAAUCUCCCCCAAGCCUUUUACAGCCAAAUCAUUCCUAAUGUUGUGUUAAAUCUCCUCCAAGCCUUUUACAGCCAAAUCAUUCCGGAAGUUGUAUUAAAUCUCCCCCAAGCCUUUUACAGCCAAAUCAUUCCGGAAGUUGUAUUAAAUCUCCCCCAAGCCUUUUACAGCCAAAUCGUUCCUGAAGUUGUGUUAAAUCUCCCCCAAGCCUUUUACAGCCAAAUCAUUCCGGAAGUUGUAUUAAAUCUCCCCCAAGCCUUUUACAGCCAAAUCAUUCCUGAAGUUGUAUUAAAUCUCCCCCAAGCCUUUCACAGCCAAAUCGUUCCUGAUGUGUUAAAUCUCCCCCAAGCCUUUUACAGCCAACUAAUUCCUCAUGUCUAGGGACAGGAGUUUUCCCUGACCAUGUGAAUUGACCAGGAUGGUUAGGACACAUGGUCACGAAAUACUCCUGUCCAUACUCCCUAAUAAUGCCUAAUGUUAUAGGCUAAGGUUAGGAUAAUGGUAGGCCAAUGUUAGGGCUGUGAUAUCACCAAUAAUAUGUUUCCUAAAGGCUUUUGGCUAGUGUUUCCAGGGCUUGGCCCAGUGGCUACUUGUCAGUGUGAGCAGGGUACACCCUGUAAGAUUUGUAUUUAGGAAAAUCUUUAGACCCUUCUGGUCUUGCUCACCUAGUGGGUCCUGAACAAAACAGAUACUUCUGCCCAGCAACCCAGCCUUCUGAUUGGUUACUUUUUUUAGUCUGAUUAAUAGUAAAACAAAUUGAAACUGAAAAUACGGAAUUUGAAUAUGAGAGAUUAGAGAUUAAAUGGGUAACAGUCCCACUUGUAUGUAUUAAAAAUAUAUAUUAGUCUGAAACCAAAACAACAACAUAUUUGUACCUCACACUUAUCAAAACAAACAUUCCAAUGUUGUCAUGGGCUACGAUUUGAAAGGAAAAAAAUUAGCAUACAUUUCUACUACUUUGUAUUGUUAAUGUUAGACUAUUUCAUAUGCAUUAUAUAAAAUAAACCGCCAUAUCAAUUUUAAUGUAUAGAUUUUGCAAAUACUACCCUCUGUAUGUAAGACCUAACUGUAUCGGUAGCCUGUGUUAUAUAAUAUAUUUAUGCCCAAUAAAUGUUUAAUUUUUUCUGA